AUGGAGGAGGAAGAAGUAGAAGAGGGAGAGGUGGAAAACAUGGAAGGAGAAGAGGAAGGGCACCCACUACACUAUGCCACCAGUUGCUCCAAUAAAUUCUCUCUUCUAUAUCAAUACCAUGACUACAAAAUUAAGGAGCUAGCUAUCAAAAAUCUUGAGGGAGUGGAGAGAGCAGAGGAAGUAAGCGAACAUGGCAAUUUGGCCCAAUAUCGACAACUGCAGUCACUGAGUUUGGAAUGGGACAACAGCAGUAUUGUGCAGGAUUCAAGCACAGUUAAUGACAAUGCAGUUCUAGAAAAGCUCCAGCCUCAUGGGAACCUAGAACAACUCAAAAUACGAGGCUAUAGGGGCCAACUAGCAAACUUAGAAUUUCUGCGCAUCUCAAAUAUGCCUAGCCUCAGAAAAGUGGGCGGUGAUAUAUAUGGGGCUGACAGGGCAUUUAUGAAACUGAGAAUACUUACCCUUGCAAGUAUGGACAACCUGGAGGAGUGGACGACCACAACACUAUCAACUCGUGAUGAUGAGCUGAAGUUUCAUGAAAGCCAUGGAGAUGAAGUAUUUCCUAAUCUCCAAGUACUUAAUAUUAGAAACUGCCCCAGGCUGAGAAGUGGCCCUCAUAUUGUUGAACUACAAAUCAAGGAUCUUCAUCUUGUCCGCAGAGCAGAGGAAGCAGAGAAUUUGGAUUUGAUAGGGAAAAAGAAUCUGCGUUCACUGAGUUUGGACUGGAGUCCUGACUAUAAAGGAGGCUUACCUAAUAAGCAUGUUUUAGAAAAGCUCCAGCCUAAUGGUGGCCUGGAAAUACUUGGCAUAAAAAACUAUUCUGGUGCUGAUUUCCCCGGCUGGAUGUCUUCACUCACAAACCUUGUGAAACUGGAGCUCUCCAAUGUGCAUAUUGAGCAUGUGCAUCUGGAUCAGUUACAGAGUCUUGAAGAGCUGCACAUUUCAUGGAUACAGAGCCUAGGGCCAAAAGUUCGCAUCUGGUGCACUGAACCACUUAGGAAGCUCAGAAGAAUUAUCUUAUCAGAAGUAACUGAUAAGGAGUUCGAAAUAUAUAUGGAGAAGCAGGGUCACGACGACAAUUUGUUCCCAAGCCUUCAAGAUUUGGAGGUACACUGUUGUUCUCGAUUGAGGUUUGAACCAUCAAUCCCAAGGAGCGCCAUGUAUGUCUUAUCAGGCCCAGGCAGUCCCCGCGAAGACCUAUGUCCAUCUUUUCAGCGAAUCAUGAGACCAUCCACCCCGUUACCACAACCAUCCAAAAUGGAGAUUAGGCACAGCAGACGGCUGUCUUCUGCAUCGUGGAAGAGUCUUGAGCACUUCGAUAGUAUUGUAGAAUUGACUAUCGACCACUGUGCUGACAAGAUACCUUUGCCUGAGAGCAUCCGAGGAUGGAGAUCCUCCAGAAGCUAG